AUGAACCCCCCGAGCUACGCCCACUCGCCCCCCCUUCACCACCCCGUCCCGCAACAUGUAUCGUCCGUUCCACAACUACGAUCGCCUCCUCCACCGGUGCCCUCUCAGCCGCAGCAACCGGGCUAUGGCAACCCCUACCAGCAGCAACCGCAGCACGGCGGCGCGACGGGGAACGCCUGGGGACAAUACGGGCAGUUUAUGAAUGAUCCCACGGCCCAGGUUGCAGCUCAGUUUGGACAGACGGCUUUUAAGCAUGGGCAGGAAUACCUCGAACAAAACGUCAACCGGUGGUUUAAUUUCGCGACGCUUAAACCGUACUUCCAAGUCACGAACUCCUAUGUGGUGAACAAACUGUUUCUGGUACUCUUCCCUUGGCGACAUAAGCCUUGGUCACGGAAGCAGGCACCUGGUCCUAAUGGCCAGGAUGGGUGGUAUCUUCCUCCCCGCGAUGAUAUCAACAGCCCAGACAUGUAUAUACCGGUUAUGGCUGUUGUUACUUAUGUUCUUCUAUCGACCCUGAUCGCGGGCCUGCGAGGAGACUUCCAGCCAGAAUCACAGCUCCUCGACCUAAUCGCAUACUCGGGCUAUAAAUUCGUCGGCAUGAUCGUCACCAUCGCCCUCGCUCAGCUAGCUAGCGGCGGUCAGGGCACCGGAGGAUGGGUAGGCUGGCUUGUUUUCAGCUACACGUUCCUCGCCAACUCUCUCUUCUUGAUGCGCUCUCUCAAGUAUGUCCUUCUACCAGAGAGUUCCAGCAACAGUGGCGGGCCGAUGCAGACGGAUUCGCGGGCGAAGAGGAGCCAGAGGACCCAGUUUCUUUUUGCCUACUCUUAUCUUGUACAGCUGGUCUUCAUGUGGAUGUUGACCCGGGCAUAA